AUGAAUCCCGCCGACGACGACACUCGAGGAUUGACAGCCGAUGUCUUCAUUAGACAGCGGCGUUGGUUAAUGGGGCCGGAAUACCUUUGGAAGCCCGAACACACGUGGCCAAUGCAGACCAAAGCAUUUAACAAUGUCCUCGAUGGAGAUCCUGAAAUAAAGAUGGAUGUUAAGGUGUGCAUGUCCUCGCUAGUCAAGCAAAGCUGCCUACUGUUGCGUUAUUUCCAGAAAUGUUCUUCCUGGUUCCGUCUAAACAAAGUUGCUGCCUGGCUCCUGCGCUAUCGGGAAAGACUUCUGAAUGCGAGUAAAAACAAAGGUUUAAACCGCGAUAUUCCGACGUACAUCACCCUUGAAGAGAUCAAGAGAGCAGAGAAAGAAAUUCUGAGGCAUGUACAGAAAAGAGCCUUCCCCAACGAGUUCAACCAUCCCGAAAAACCAGUUAAGAGGAGUAGUCGCCUCUACAAGCUUGACUCAAUCGUUAUGGAUGGGCUUUUGCGCGUUGGUGGCCGGCUACGUAAAGCAUCAUUACCCGCGGAAUCGAAGCACCAGAUUAUUCUUCCGAAAAAGUAUCACGUUACCAGAGUGAUUAUCGACGAUUACCACAGGGCAUGCGGCCAUUCCGGUGGAGAGCACGUUAUAGCUUCCAUUAGGCAGAAAUUCUGGAUCACCCAAGGAAGUUCAGCCGUGAAAAGUGUUCUGGGGAAGUGUGCCAGUUGCCGUUGCUGCCAGGCACCACUUUGCCAACAGAAGAUGGCCGAUUUACAAGAAGAUCGCAUGCUGGGCGUAGAUUAUUCUGGCCCAUUCCAAGUCCGUCGUGGGCGGAGUCUCGUAAAGAGGUAUGGUGUGAUCUUCACAUGUCUAGCAAUCCGUGCCGUGCACCUCGAAAAUUCGCAUGGCCUAGGUACGGACUCGUUCCUAUUGGCUUUGCGACGUUUCAUUGCAAGAAGAGGCCAAGUGAAGCAGAUCUACUCGGAUAACGGAUCAAACUUAAUUGGUGGGGAGAAGGAGCAGUGUGACGCUAUUUCAGAUUGGAAUCAGGAAAAGAUACACAAUUCCCGGUUACAAAAGGACAUCAAAUCGUACUUGAACCCUCCCUAUGGUACCCACUUUGGAGGUAUUUGGGAGAGAUGCAUCUGA